AUGGGCCACCUGACUGUCAGCAACAACUUUCUGUUCAUCGCCACCCGGCUGGCCAUUCGGAUGGGUCUGCAGUCCGACCGACCUGUCGAGCUCCAAUCGCGCCCGCCCCACCACGUCGUGGAGGGAGAUUCAGAAAGCCGCCGGUGGUUCGAAGGCCAAGUCCGCAGACGGACAUGGUACAGCUGCUGCUUCUUCAUCCUCGGCGAUGCUCUGCCCGACCCGGCUCGGGGCUCGGAUCGACCUCUGGCCACGGCCGUCCAGUUCUUCGAGUCGCCUCCUCCAUCCGACGAAGCCACGUUCCUGACGGCGACCUGCUCGGAAACCUCAAACGUCAUCAGCAUACCGCCGGUGCCCGACUCUCGGUUUGAGCGGUACCACGAGAGCCUCCUGUUUCUGACAAAGUUUUACCAAAAGAACGUGUACUUUAUGACCCUGUACAGCUCCGGAUUGGAUGGCCUGGACACGGCCCUGGAGACUAUCUAUGACCAGAGCAUCGACCGGGAACUCAAGCGUCUGAACGACUGGUUCGACUCGAUGCCCGAGUGGACCAAGCAGCUGCUUCACGCCGACCGAGCCGAGCACUACCCUCGCCAGACUAUCGUCGAUAUCUUUGUGCUGAGGCUGAUGUACUGCAUCUGUGCGGGCAUGCUCUACUACCCGAGUCUGGUCCGAGAACUGUGGACGCGUGGCGCAGCUCGGCCACAGGACAGCGACUCGUUCCGGCAGCUGCUCAAGUGGUCGAACGCCGUCCUGAACACCCUCAAGACCUAUACCCGAUACGACCCCUCGAUAGCCCAUAUCAACCGCGCCGUGAUCAGUCCGUUCGUGAUUGUCUAUGUCAUGAUGAUCCUGCUGCUGAUACGGAUCGACCCAAGGAUCUUUACUCCAGAGUGUGCCUUGAUAUUCCAAAAACUCCCCAAGGAGCCGCACGUCCACACGCCAGCGCAUUCGUCAGCCAAGGUGUUCCUGGCCACCUUUCAGGAUUACCUGACGGACGCUCUGCGAGGCAAGCUCACUCGCAUCGGCCAAGACCUGCAGCCGCUGGCGCCGGGGGUCAAGGAGAAGCUGGUGCGAUAUCGGAGGAAGCUCGAUAUCAUGUCUGAGUUUGCCCUUGGUCCAUGGGUUCCGUCGGCAUGGCUGUGACUGUCCGACUGAAAGCCAGCAGCGGCAACGGCCUCGACCGGUCCCUUCGUGUCCCUCUGUUGGUCGACCUGGUCUGCCUCCCUCCGCCAUUCUCUCUCUCGCGGCCUGUCUCA